GGAGGCGGUGCGCGCGGCGGGGUCGGUGCUGCCCGCGACCCCCCGCGGCCCCCCGGGCCCCCCGCCCCGCCGGCAGCGAGCCGCCUGCCCGAUUUGUUUGUAAAUGCAUCAUAAACAGACAGCCCAGAAUGAAGAAAGCAAGCAGGAGUGUUGGCUCAGUGCCCAAAGUGCCUGGAGUAAAUAAAACUCAAACAACUGAAAAAGCCAAACCAGAAAACGGCUCCUCGGUGGCUGCAGUAUCAAAACUCUCCAAAACUGGGACAUCAGCAUCUCUUUUGAAGACCAAGAGCAAUGAUGACCUCUUGGCGGGGAUGGCUGGUGGUGCUGGAGUGACAAUGACCAACGGCGUCAAGGCAAAGAAGAGCACUUGUGUAGGAACAGCGUCUUCAGCUUCAGGGGCGACCAUGAACAGUCUAGAAAAUAAACCUAAAACAAUUGCAGGUACAAGCUCCUCAACGAAGCGUAGCACUUCAUCUGGAAAUAAGGAGUCAAGCUCUUCCAGAGAAAGAAUUCGCGAUCGUUCUCGUUUAAGCCAGAGCAAAAAGCUCCCUUUGACUGGCCAGGGGACCAAUGAUACGGUACUGACAAAGCGCUCGCGUAGUCGCACCAAUCCAGAAUCGGAUAUUCGAAUGAGCAAAUCCAAAUCGGACAAUCAAAUCAGUGACAAAGCUGCAUUGGAAGCAAAGGUGAAUGAUCUUUUGACACUAGCGAAAACUAAAGAUGUGGAAAUCUUGCAUUUGCGGAAUGAACUAAGGGAUAUGCGUGCUCAGCUGGGACUGAACGAAGAACAGGUUGAAGGUGAAGAAAAAUCUGAAGAAAAAGAGGCCAUUGUUGUCCAUCAGCCAACUGAUGUAGAGUCGACGUUGCUACAGUUACAGGAACAAAACACUGCCAUCCGAGAAGAGCUCAACCAGCUGAAGAAUGAGAAUCGAAUGUUAAAAGACAGACUAAAUGCAUUAGGCUUUUCUUUGGAGCAAAGGCUGGACAACUCCGAAAAGCUCUUUGGCUAUCAGUCUUUGAGUCCAGAGAUUACAGCUGGCAACCAUAGUGAUGGUGGUGGCACUCUGACAUCUUCAGUGGAAGGUUCUGCUCCUGGGUCAAUGGAAGACUUGUUAAGUCAGGAUGAAAACACUUUAAUGGACAACCAACACAGUAAUUCCAUGGAUAAUUUAGACAGUGAGUGCAGUGAAGUAUAUCAGCCACUGACAUCAAGUGAUGAUGCUUUAGAUGCUCCAUCAUCUUCAGAGUCUGAAGGUGUACCAAGCAUAGAAAGAUCUAGAAAGGGAAGCAGUGGCAAUGCAAGUGAAGUGUCUGUCGCUUGUCUAACAGAACGGAUACAUCAAAUGGAAGAGAAUCAACACAGUACAGCUGAAGAGCUCCAAGCCACGCUUCAAGAGCUUGCGGAUUUGCAACAAAUAACACAAGAGUUAAACAGUGAGAAUGAAAGACUUGGAGAGGAGAAAGUAAUCCUUAUGGAGUCUUUGUGCCAGCAAAGUGACAAAUUAGAGCACUUCAGCCGUCAGAUCGAGUAUUUUCGGUCUCUUUUGGAUGAACACCAUAUCUCCUAUGUAAUUGAUGAAGAUAUGAAAAGUGGUCGCUACAUGGAGUUAGAGCAGCGUUACAUGGACCUUGCAGAGAACGCGCGGUUUGAGCGAGAGCAGCUGUUAGGAGUUCAGCAGCACUUGAGCAACACUUUGAAAAUGGCAGAACAAGACAACAAGGAGGCCCAAGAAAUGAUAGGGGCAUUAAAAGAACGAAACCACCACAUGGAACGGAUUAUUGAGUCAGAGCAGAAAAGCAAAGCAGCGAUAGCGUCUACCUUAGAGGAGUACAAAGCCACGGUGGCCAGUGACCAGAUUGAGAUGAACAGGCUGAAAGCUCAGUUGGAGCACGAAAAGCAGAAAGUGGCUGAGUUGUACUCGAUCCACAACUCCGGAGAUAAAUCGGAUAUACAGGAUUUACUGGAAAGUGUCAGGCUGGAUAAGGAAAAAGCAGAGACGAUGGCCAGCAGUCUGCAAGAAGAGCUGGCCCAUACUCGCAAUGAUGCCAAUCGGCUCCAAGAUGCCAUUGCCAAGGUGGAAGAUGAAUACAGAGUGUUCCAAGAAGAAGCCAAGAAACAAAUUGAGGAUCUCAAUGUGACUCUGGAAAAACUUCGAGCAGAACUAGAUGAGAAAGAGACUGAGAGAAGUGACAUGAAAGAAACAAUCUUCGAGUUGGAGGAUGAAGUAGAGCAGCACCGUGCUGUGAAGCUUCAUGACAAUCUCAUCAUAUCUGAUUUGGAGAAUACAGUUAAAAAACUUCAGGACCAAAAGCAUGACAUGGAGAGAGAGAUAAAGAAUCUCCACCGGAGACUUCGGGAGGAGUCAGCGGAAUGGCGCCAGUUCCAGGCUGACCUACAGACUGCGGUGGUCAUAGCAAAUGACAUCAAGUCUGAGGCCCAAGAGGAGAUCGGAGACCUGAAACGCAGAUUACAUGAAGCUCAAGAGAAAAAUGAGAAGCUCACUAAAGAGCUGGAGGAAAUAAAGUCACGCAAGCAGGAAGAGGAACGUGGUCGAGUGUACAAUUACAUGAAUGCAGUAGAGAGAGAUUUGGCUGCACUGAGACAAGGAAUGGGGCUGAGCCGCAGAUCUUCCACCUCCUCAGAGCCAACUCCGACUGUAAAAACCCUCAUCAAGUCGUUUGACAGUGCCUCCCAAGUUCCAAGCCCUGCUGCUGCCACAAUUCCUCGCACUCCCCUGAGCCCGAGCCCCAUGAAAACUCCCCCAGCUGCUGCUGUGUCCCCUAUGCAGAGGCAUUCUAUAAGUGGACCAAUCUCUGCUUCAAAACCCCUUGCUACGCUGACGGACAAAAGACCAAGCUAUGCGGAAAUCCCAGUUCAAGAACAUUUGCUGAGAACAUCUUCUACCAGCAGGCCAGCAUCUUUGCCAAGAGUACCCACUAUGGAAAGUGCCAAGUCUAUUUCUGUCUCUCGAAGAAGUAGUGAAGAAAUCAAACGGGAUAUAAGUGCCCCUGAUGGAGCAUCUCCAGCAUCUCUCAUGGCAAUGGGUACCACCUCACCACAGCUGUCGCUCUCUUCUUCUCCUACCGCUUCUGUCACCCCCACAACCAGAAGUCGAAUAAGGGAGGAGAGGAAAGAUCCCUUGUCUGCCCUGGCAAGAGAGUAUGGAGGAUCCAAGAGAAAUGCCUUGCUGAAGUGGUGCCAGAAAAAAACUGAAGGAUAUCAGAAUAUCGACAUAACAAACUUCAGCAGUAGCUGGAAUGAUGGCUUGGCUUUCUGCGCAGUCCUCCACACCUACCUCCCAGCCCAUAUUCCCUAUCAAGAGCUAAACAGCCAGGACAAGAGAAGAAAUUUCACUUUGGCUUUUCAGGCAGCCGAAAGCGUUGGCAUCAAAUCUACUCUGGACAUCAAUGAAAUGGUGCGGACCGAGCGUCCAGACUGGCAGAAUGUCAUGCUGUACGUUACAGCAAUUUACAAAUACUUUGAAACCUGAAACCCUAAUAAUGCAAGCGAUCCAUGGGAUAGAACCAACGUGAGCUACCAGAUGGAAACCUUACUGAAAUGCUAAUUCCCAUUUCACUGGAAACCGGCAACAUUUGAGUCCCCUUAGUCUUCAGCGACACUAUCCUGGAUUGCCUCAGGUUGCUUCAGCUACUAAACCUGGAAACAACCGUUUAAAAGCAAGAACUUGUUGCCCCAGUGCUUGGACUAACCCAUGUUAUUAAGCUAUUCAGAUUAAUUAUGUAGCCUAACAAGCCUGGACUACUUAUGUGCUGCCUGUCCAGCCAGACUUCCUGAAGCUUUCUUCCCCAGAAGAGUGAGAAGAAUGGAUCCUUUAGCAUAUAGGAGACUGAAUGUACAGCUGAAGUGUUGAGAAGGAAAAGGAUAACAUGGCAUCGUAUUACUGAGCGUUCUGUAGCAUCCUGAUACCACAUUCUGAGUAUUCUACCUACAGCAUAUGGCACCCCAGUACAGUAGAGUUUGUGAUGGUAACUCAGUUACUGCCUUUUACAGCUAUUUUCCCUUCUUUAAAAUAUGCACAAUAUUCUAGGAAAACAAGCUUUUAUUCCAUAAUGACAAAUUGAGUGGAAAAGUGCUCUCAAUACCUCGAAAACUUUGGCACAGAAGAACUCUUCAUUCUAAAGCUUCACUAUAAGCCUACCUCUGUCACACUGAUGUGGCUUCCAACUUGCUCUUAUGGACCGUGAAGACUAGCACCUGCAGCUCCUGGUUUUCAGGAUAUGCUGUGCUUCAAGGAAUCUGUCCAAACUCCCUGUGCUUCCAUUGUAAGAGAAAAGAAUCAAUAAUCAACCCUUGUGUAGCUUGUUCUUUCCCCUCUUCCUCCUUUGCUGGUAUAGCACACAUCGCUAGCCAGGCUUCACUCUACAGCAAUAUGAGCUUACGGCAUGGAUUUCUGUGGUAGAAUUGUGGAACUGGGAUAGUGUUUACUCUACAGACGAGAUACUUUCAAUAAGACAUAAUAAUGAAGUAGUUUGUGUCAAGAUCCAGCUUUGCCAUGUUUUCUGUGUUUUUCAUUGCUCUUGCACAUACUCAUCUGACUGACAGAAGUGAGAGGCGCUCUGACAAGAGCUAUGAAGGGAUCGAUGGAACUUCUAUACACCCAGUAGUCUCAAAUAUUGCGUGGGAAUGACUGUCACAAGGAAGGAAUUGAGAAACUUGAGUCUGCUCAGCUUCUAUUUUCCUAACGUGUUCCUGGAUUCAUGUAAGGGCUCUCGGGCAAAAGUGUUCAAGUCAGUGCCUUAGCGAUCACUGAAGUGAUACAUCCCGGCACUUCAGGGCCUCGUGCAGAAUGUUCAUAACAAUUCCAUGCAUACAUUUGUUAUAUGCUGUUCGUUGUAAUCUUGUUUGUCAAAUCAAGGGAAGACUUCAUGCUGUCAUUGCUUCUGCUUCUUAUUUUGUGAGCACUUAUCAGCAGUUACACCACGGCCGAACAUCUCGCGUUAAUUUGAAGCAGAAGCCCACUUUAGAUGCCAGUUCUGUAACAACUGCAAUUUAUAAGCACAUGCUUUUUCAACACAAUGACCCUGAUAUAAAGAAAAUGGAUCUGCCAUUCCUAUGGUGCUCUUACAACUGUCAAGGACAGUUUGAAUGUCAUAGAUGUUAACCCAGUGAGUGCAACUGUGCUUGGCAUCUGUGAAACUUCAUUAUGGUAUAAAAGCACAGAUUUAACUCAAAAUUAUUGCCAAAUCCCCAAACCUGUCCUCUGAAGAAUACAGCCCAUGUGAAGAGUAAUAACUCUGCAUGUCUCUAGCAGCUAGCAUUGUAUAAAAAUACAUGCUUACACUGAGCUGUGCCUCUGAGUCAGGAACAUUUGCAGAGUAACUUCUUGACCCGUGCUGAGGGCUGGGGAGAGGUUUGCGCUGCAGCAGGGGCUCGUACAGCCGUGCAGUUCCCUAGAACCCCAAAAGAGCUACACGCUCUCAGAUUGAGUGCAUUUAAAGAUCCAACCUCAUCUAAAGCCAACGUUUGCAAGAGAGGAUUCCAGUGAAAAAUAUUCAUUAACAGAUUUUAAUAAAAGUCUGAAAUGCAAUUUCCUCUCCCGUAUAUUUCUUAAAAAAAAUUAACAACUUCAUUUCUUCAAACAAGUUUAUCAGAAUAGUCUCACUAGAAAUGCAUGUCAUUGCUGUCUCACAGUCCAUCUUUUGCUACUAAGUUCAAGGUUUGCGAGUUUGUUUGAGAAGCCUCCUGUUCACCCUCUAAACAGCCAUCCUUGUCAAUGCUCCUAUUCACCGCCUUAUGUUUUAAGCAAAUGUUUUUCUAGCUGAAAGAAUGGCAUUUCUUGGUCUGAACUCACUUGUGACCUGUUUUGUUAAGGUAAUCCGAGAUUUAAGAUGAUUUUUUUUUCUGUCCAGUGGUCAACUCCGUUUACCUGCAAUAUUGUACUAGUCCUUAACUGCAAUAAUAUUGCUGGCAUAAUGAUUUGCAAAAGGGGAGAUAACAUUUUCCAGACACUUUCUGUUCAAAAGAUGAGCCACUGGUCUUCAGAGAGAGAAAAAACUUAUUAGUAAUUACAAAAAUGAUCUUGUUCUGAACCUCAGAGUUCUGUAAACUGCUUGUUGGUGUGAUCUGUCUGAUAACCUCUGCUGGAUUCACAUCCAUAAAGGAAUGGGGCUUCAUGAGGAGGUUUGUUAUCAUAGUCUUUCUGAGCCUUCGCAUUCAAGAUGCUGCACAGCUAUGUGAGGAGAAGUCAUGAAGUGGUGGAAGAUCUAAACCAAACAUGCUUCCCUCCUGCACCCCACAACGUGCUUUUCCUGAACAUUAAAACAGCAUUAAGUUUCUCAAGAGGAGGAAUAGCCGUGGCCCUUCUGGGCGUGGAUGAUGCUGUUCUGUUUGGUUUCUACCCAUAGUUAAUUCUGAAACAGCCUGGAUUUAGUCUGUAUCAAGUAUGAGUUUGUGCUGAUUUAUUUUACUUUCUUUUUAAUCCAGAAAAUAUUCCUGAAUGUACUUAAAAAAGGACAAAUAUUUUAUCAUCAAUUUAUAUUAUUGCAUUUUAAUAUGUGCCUUGCAAAAGCCUGUGCUGCAGUUUAUCGGGGUUAGCAUUGCCAGCAGGGCUGGGUGAGCAUCAACCUGGAGCUGUUGAGCCUGUCGAUGGAGUCGGAGCUGGAUCGGAUCUGCUUACCGAAACACUUCCAGAGUCCAGAGAGGUCAGGUCAGAGCCAGACCUGUGGUCAGUUUUGCUGGUCAACAUCCCUAUGCCAGGUUAUCAGCAAUGAACUGAAGAAAUGGUUGUGGCGUUUUCUUUACAAAAAAAAGAAGGGAUGGGAGGAGAAAUUUAAUUUUAGUUAUUCAGACAAAUUCAGUCAGGGAAGUUUUGCCAUGGAAGAUCCAACAAAAACAGAACCGAGGUGACUUCCAAAGGGAUUACAAUUGCUUUGGUUUUCACUUGGUUUUGUUGGAUGGGUUGCUUUUAUGUUUCAAUGGAAACACUAAUUCAGUGUCUCUGGUGUGAAUCUCAGUGGCCCUCACAAAGGUCUCUCAUUCUCAUGCAUCAGAAAAAUGUUCUCUUUUUGAUUUGGGGUUGUGGGUAGGCUGUCCCGAAUGUAGUGUUGUAUUACAGCAUCUGCUGAUGUAAAAGUGAAUCUUUGUCUAUUUUGCAUAAAAUAUGUUCCUUGAGUUACCUGGGGCACUUCUGAUAAAUUUUGUCCCCAGUCGUGUAAAAUCUUGCCAUUGUUUGUGAUUCUCUGUAGGGGCCCCUUAGUGAGCCAGAGCGAAGUGAGUUCCGCUUUGCUGUGCUGGAGUGAACUCCCAUUCCCACUGCAGGCAGCAGGCGUGCUCUGGUGGUCCAGGUGUAAGGAGAAGGAGCUUGUCCCUGGCUCUAACGAUGCAAUGCAGUGGUUUGAACCGCUGAGAAGCGGCCUUACGAAUUCUGUAGCUGUGACAAAACAUUCUCCUUGGCCUCUCAUUUCAGCCAUGAGUUCUUGUCUAUUUUUUCAGGUCCCUGAUUCAACGCUUCAGACAUUUAGAUUCUUUUGCAUCACCGAAAGAUCACUCAAUUCUCUCUUUCUUCCUGUACAAUUUUGGCCCAGGGUAAAAAAAUUAUUAUAGCCUCAUUUUACAGAAGUUUAUUUGGGAAGUUGGAGAUGUGGAGAACUUCUAGGUGUAUUUCUUACUCUCUGUUCUGCUGGUGGUGGGUUUGGGAACGCUGUCUGGAUUUUGGGUGAGAUGUGACAGUGUCUUCUUCCACAGGUGCCCACUCGGGAUGGCUGGCACGAAGCUAUGCAUGAGCUGAAGUUAAGCCUCUAAAACUGUGUUCAUGUGAUGCAUGGGGUAACUUUACUUCUUAUUUGGCUUGUGCAAUGAAUACAGUCACAACUUAAUUGCAAGCUGCAUCAAGCAGGAGCAGUUAAGGAGCAGAAUUCUUCUGGGAAGGAAUUGAGUUGUACACCUUUACAUGAUUGUGAGCAAUACUAUUGCUGAGGUGGCCUAAGAAAGAGGAUUUUAGAUUAGUUGUGUUCAUGUACAGCCUGAUGUGACUGUAUGGCUGGUUUGUGAUCCUUCCCUGGACUCAGUAAAUAUUUAUUUCGGGUUUAUUUUUAUGUUCUGCCAGGCUCUGUUUUGGCAGUUCUUUUCUCUGAGCUAGCAUUAGUAUAUGAAUACUCAGUAAGGUUAACCAGUUUGAGAGAUGAUUUGGUGAGUAGUGGUGUUACAACAACACUAGGAAGUAUGCUUCUGUUCUCCACUAGGAAGUGUGCAUAUUUUUGUGAGGUUGUAUGGAAGCAGAAAGGAAACGGUUGUGAAGCCGGUUCUGUUGCACUUUUCUAAGGCUUUUUGCAUAGAGUUCUAGAGUGUGAACAAGUUGUUUGGGCAAGUAAAGGCUUCAUACUUACUGUGCCUGAGCACCACAGCAUAUUAGGUCUAUUUCCGUUCUAGCGAUACACGUGCUAUUUUAACAGCAUGCAGCUCGUGUUUGUCUGUGGUGGUUUGAAAGCCCAGCAGACAUUCCCUUCUGCAAUGGAGCCUCUGGCAGUCCUGGUCCAUGAGCUGCCCUCUUGGACAGCAGACUGCAUUUGCAAUAAUGGGAUACUCCUUUUCUGAACUCUGUUUCAACAAAUGGGGAGAAAGAAGCUCUUCUUCUUUUGUUCCAUUGCUGGAAUUCCUCUAGAUUGCUUUUACUGGUUUCCAGUUAUUGUGUAUGUUCAAUCUGGAUCAUUGCUUGGGAAUUGCUCAGUAAAGAAGGGCACAAGUCUACAUAACCUACUCAAGUAAUUCAUCCUGGUGACUUAGAACAUUUCAUUUGUUAGGAAUUUUUGAUUUUGCAUAUAUUGUAAGGUCAGUUUUACUAUUUUUAAGUAGCACUUUUACACAUACCUGAAGGGGUUUUUGAACAGAAAUGUAUUUUGUGCGUGCUAUCCAAUGGAAAGCAAGGAUAACACUGCUAAAGAAAACAUGGACUCGUUCGCCUCCAGACUGUAGGUUCACUUCAGGUCAGUAACGGUCAGGAGUUGCUCAGUGUGUGUGAAAUACAUUGGUGAUCCUGUAUAACGCUGCACAACUCUCCAGAUCAAAGUCAGAAGGGCAUUACUUGGUACCCUCGAACUCUGGGGUGAGGGUACGUCCAGUCUAGGUGUGAGACAGAACUGACAGAACAGUGCGAUGAAUUUUGGACCAUGAGAGAACAGAUCUGUAUUGAUGUCUCGGUCCAACUUCACAGCACUGUGCUGGGUAAGGACUGACCGUGUUUGCGAGGACACUGCAGCCAGUACGAAUAUCUCCUAAGUAGUUAAUCUAAAGCUUAGUUUCCGUAGCCUUUAAAGAUGAUGUUAAAAAACAGUGAUUCUUAAAAGCUCUUCUGACCCACCCAGCUGUUCUGAGUUGGAACACAACUGUUGGACUGACCUAACAGUACAUGGGUGGAUUCAGUAAUUCCUGUUCUAGACAACACUUUUCUCUUUUCCGGAAGCCUUUCCAAUGGUUUACACACACACACUGACGUAUGUAGAAGUUUUGCCUAUAGAGAGAGGUUUUGCGUAAUUGUCUAUGUACAUACACCCCCGCCCCCACCCCAGCGUGUGUACAUGUAUGUACGGAUGUGGGUUCUUGAUAAAACUGAACGUGUUUCAAGAAGUGCUCGCAGCUUGAAUACUUCGUGGAUGGUGUAUUAGUGUAUACAUUUACAAGGUAAGGAGGAGGAAAUAAUUUUGUUUGAUUCUGGUUGGAGCUGAGAAAUACCAUUUAGAGGCAAAUUUUGGAAGUAGGUUCAAAUGGUAUUUCACCCUUUUUCUUGUUUGGAAGGCACAAGCUGUUAAUCAUUGGAACUUAUAUGGUCAGCAAGUGUAUUUUAAGCUAAACCUUUGGGAGGACCAAUAUGCGUUUAGUUUGCAAGGACCACUAAAGAUCUGGGCAUUUACUUUCUCCAUAAUGUAUUCUGUAUGAGUAUUUAGUAUGUACACCUUCGAUUUGCCAAUGUUGCCAUGUUUUCUUCUUAAUUUUCAUGAAAUAAAGAUUGCAAAUAGCAAA